UCAACUAAGAAAGUUAACCGCUAAUAGCUAAUAAUUAGCUUUAUCAUACAGAGAUAGACUACGUUGCAAUUCAAUAGAGUAAACAAAGCAAGACAUCUAUCUAUGGAGGUGCCAAUUACUCGUGCUUUCAUAGGAAUUUACUUGCAUGCGUAAGACGAAAUACUCAUUCGAUAAUAAAGCUUAUAGAAACAAACAGCUGUGUCAAUUUGCUAAGGCGUCACCUCCCUCAUAAAAAGGGCAAAUUGUGACUACAAAUUACAAUCACUUUAUCAGUUUGCUUUGCUAAUUUUCUAUAAUCAAGCGUAGUACAUAUUUUUCACUGGCACCGAGCACAACUUCAUUCGCUCGAAAUGCGCAGUCUGAUUUUGACAAUUUUGCUGGCAAUACUUUGCUGCGAAUUGCAAUUUAGCAAUGCCGAUGGUGGCUAUGGCAGCUAUGGUCCUGAAUUCAAGGCCACUGCUGGCAAAGUUUGGCCAAAGCCCCACCGACAAGUGGAGAGCAGUACCUAUUAUGCGGUUAAUGCCACGGAUUUUAAAUUUGUCGCUGUGAACAAGAAUUGUGCGCUACUGGAAGCGGCCUUCACACGCUACGCCAACAUCAUACGCGCUGCAGCGGAGGGCUACAUUCGCGCGCCUGCCACCGCUACCGUUGGUGUCAUCCGAAAAUUCCUUGUCAAUCUGACACAACCCUGCGAAAACUUGCCACAUCUCGACAUGGAUGAGUCAUAUUAUGUACGUGGUGAUGGAGUGGUAAAAGCCAACUCCAUUUGGGGUAUAUUACGCGGGUUGGAAACACUCUCCCAGCUGUUGGUGCCAAUGCCAAGUGGGCUGCUCACACCGCUUCUUGGGGAGCUUCACAUCCGGAAAUAAUGACAAAAUGCGCAGGAGAAUAUAGGGGCCAAUUGGGGCCAUUAGAUCCAACAAAAGAGGGAACGUUUAACUUUCUCUACAAAUUAUUCAGAGAAAUCAAAACCCUUUUUCCCGACAAAUAUUUACACUUAGGUAUCGAUGAAGUCGAUUCCGCUUGCUGGGAAACAAACGCCGAUAUACAAGCCUAUCUAAAGGCGCAUGGGCUGGACAAUGGCGACUUAUCGUAUUUGUAUUUAGAACGUUUCUCUGCUAACAUCUCAGCAAUGGGCUGGAAGCAGAUGGUGUGGCAAGAGGCUAUGGCCGAAAACUUCUACAUGGAAUGGCCUGCCGGCACAAUCGCUCAAAUAUGGUUUGAUUAUAAAAAUACUAUGGCUGCACUUACGAAAAAAGGUUACGAUGUCAUUAUGAGUGAUGGUUGGUACUUGUAUGUGCUGGACACUGGCGCUGAUUGGGAAAAAUUCUAUAAUAUUGAGCCGACAGACUUUAAGGGUAGUAAAGCUCAGAAAGCGCAUGUAAUUGGUGGUGAAGCUUGUCUAUGGAGCGAGUGGAUCAAUGAAUAUAAUGCAUUGCCGACGACGUUUCCGCGUGUCAGUGCCACAGCUGAGCGUUUGUGGUCUUCGCAGAAUGUACGAGAUGUAGAAGAGGCGCGUCUGCGUUUAGAGGAACAUAAUUGCCGUAUGAUAUGGCGAGGAAUUGAAGCGCGACCAGCGAACGGGUUUGGAAUAUGCUAGACAAGUAGCUAUUUAUAUAAAAUAAAGGGUAUAUUGAACACUACCGACUCCGAAGUAGUAAUCACUCGAAACCCUUACUAGGCUUACAAAGCAAAAAUAAAUUAUGUAAGAAAUUAUUUACUUAUUAAAAACAUUUUAAUGGAGACUUUCUAGUGUUCGCUAUUAUCAUUAUAUACUACUUAUACUAACAAAUCUAGCUACCGAUAUUUUACAACAACCGAUUUUUGAAAUAGAGCUAUCAAAUUGGUUGAACCUUGUUCCUCCGAAAACAAUUAAUUUGGUUACCUGGGGUCUACGCUUAUAAAGAUAAACUGGACAUUUGCUGGAAUAGGUCAUAAGA